AUGCCCCAGACAAUACCCGAUUUACCGGCAGCGUCGAGGGCUCGCUCGACGGACCCCGAUUUCUCUCUCUUGCUUACGAAUAUCCCUUUCCAGAUCUGCUUUGUCCUUCUGGCCACCAUUAUUGGACCAUUGUACCUCUUCGUCUGGACCCUAGAUAUCCUGCUAGUUGCCCUCUUGAACAAGAUUUACUGCGGUUUACAAGCAGCCUCUCUAGAAGCCACUGGUACUGCCGAAGGUAUGGAUCGAUUUACUCGCACCAGAGAUCACUACCUGUGCGGCGGAUAUCGAAGGGAAAGUCGACAACCAGAGACACCUGCGGCUGCUCCAGCGGCGGACCUCACCUUUGAUUUCGACUUCAAGGACUCAACGCUCAACCUCAGCUUCGAUAUCGAAAAGCCUUUCGUUAAGGAUGAGUUUACAACGAAGACCACGAAUCAGAUCGACCCCAGCGACGAUAUAGGCGUAGCACUUUCAGAUGGGCCAUAUUGUAAAGAGCGAGGACAGCUCAAAUAUUCACGGAUCAAAAAGGAGCAGAACCAAGAACUGCAACAGAACGGAUGGAUCUCACCUGUCUCAGAGAUUCCGAGUGAAAUUCACGUUAGGUUCUCUGUCCGAGGCGAACAACCCUCAAGGAAUCUCCCACCUUGCUCCAUCUACUCCAGAGAAUGGAGACAGCGAGUAAGACAAAUGAUCGCUCCUCCAGAGCAAACUGCGGAGCAUAUCUCGGCAGAGGAUGCAGUCGAUAUAUCUGAAAGAAAUUCCACUAUCGUUAUGGGCGCAACGGAACUGCCAGACCCAGAGAAUGGGGCCGGAGCAGAUAAGGAGCCUUCAUCACUACCGAAGCCAUCUCUGAAAAGCGCAAAUAGGGCAGCCGAAGGGCAGCCGCUGCACUCCAGUUCCCCUCCCGAGAGCAUCACCAAGAGCAGCAGGAAGCGUCUUUCCACAAUCGGAAAAUGGCUUUUGCGGCCGAAGACCCUCUGGGACAAGAGAACAUCUAACUCAACCACUAACUCCAGCGUCCAAAGGAUUCUCUCAAACAGGUCUACUUCCUCGUCCAAGGCUUUUCAAGAUACAUUUAAUCAACACCAGAAUCAGAGAAUCGGUGGCGCUCUUCGAGCCCGAGUAGCACGGAAGCAAGCCGAAGCCCAGGAUCAAUCUUUUCAAGGGCGCCGCCCCACAGAAUCUCUGCGUGGUGGAGACGUGGACCGCACCGUCGCCAAUCUUCAGGCAUUUCGACUGCUCACAACUGUGCGUUCAUAUUUGCAGAAAAUGAAGAUCAUCUUGACGACGUGCAUCCUCUUCAUCCGCCCUUACGUCGUCUAG